AUGUCUGCCAACCCAGGAAACUCGCUGAGAGCGCUCUCUCCAACACCUCCAGAGCGUGGAUCAUUUCCUUUAGAUCAUGAUGGCGAAUGUACUAAACAGAUGCAGGAGUAUUUGGAAUGCAUUAAGCUGGUGAAAGGCGAGAACGCUCCAAACUGCAGACUACUCGCGAAAAACUAUUUGAAAUGUCGUAUGGAUCACCAGCUGAUGGAUCAGGACGAGUGGAAAAAUUUAGGUUUGCCUGAAGAUCAGCUGAAGAAAUAG